AUGUCCAGUUCCAAUAAUCCCCCUCUAAUAACCCACAUCUACACCGCCGACCCCUCCGCCCACGUCUUCAACAACAAACUCUACAUUUACCCCUCCCACGACCGCGAAACAGACAUCCAAUUCAACGACAAUGGCGACCAAUACGACAUGAAUGACUACCACGUCUUCUCCAUGGACUCCAUCUCCGGCCCCGUAACGGACCACGGCGUCGUCCUGGGCCUCGCCGACGUUCCCUGGGCAAGCAAGCAGCUCUGGGCGCCUGAUGCGGCCACCAAGAAUGGGAAAUACUAUCUCUACCUGCCCGCCCGCGACCACGAGGGCAUAUUCCGGAUCGGGGUCGCUGUGGCCGACAAACCGGAGCGACCGUUCACGGCCCAGGAGAGCUAUAUCGCGGGGAGUUAUAGCAUCGAUCCUGCGUCUUUUGUGGAUGAUGAUGGGAAGGCGUAUCUUUAUUUCGGAGGUAUCUGGGGCGGCCAGUUACAGUGUUGGUCGAAAGAUGCUGGGGAAUGGGUGUUUGAUGCUUCGAAGACGGGGCCUCAGGAGCCGUCUGGGGAGAAUGAGCUUGCUCUCUAUCCGCGCGUUGCGCAGUUGACGGAUGAUAUGUUGGGGUUUGCGACGCCUGUGCAGGACCUGGUUAUUCUGGAUGAGGGGGGCAGCCCGCUCAAGGCAGAUGAUCAUGAGCGACGCUUUUUCGAGGCCUCCUGGAUGCACAAAUAUAACGGCACGUAUUAUUUCAGUUAUUCGACCGGCGAUACGCAUUAUAUUGCGUACGCGACUGGGAAGAGUCCGUUGGGUCCGUUUACGUACAGGGGCCGGAUCUUGGAGCCGGUGUUAGGGUGGACGACACAUCAUUCGAUUGUGGAGUUUGGGGGACGGUGGUACAUCUUUUAUCAUGAUUGUGAGCUUUCCAAGGGAGUGAGUCAUCUGAGGAGUGUCAAGGUUCGGGAGAUUGGGUAUAAUGAUCAAGGGGAUAUUCAUUUGGUGGAGUGA